UUUAAAAAACAAACAAACUUUUUUUUUUUUGAAAGAUUUUGAUUCCAGUGGAAUCUGUGCUUUAGAUUUUUUGUGUUGUGAAUUGUAACUACUUAAGCAAUGCCUGUACAAGCUCCGCAAUGGACGGAUUUCCUCUCCUGCCCAAUUUGCACUCAGACAUUCGACGAAACGAUCCGAAAGCCUAUCAGCCUUGGCUGUGGCCACACUGUCUGCAAGAUGUGCCUGAACAAGCUUCACCGCAAGGCGUGCCCCUUUGACCAGACCACUAUUAACACCGACAUAGAGCUCCUGCCUGUGAACUCGGCCUUGCUGCAAUUAGUGGGUGCUCAGGUUCCUGAGCAACAGCCCAUUACUUUAUGUAGUGGGGUAGAAGAUACAAAACAUUAUGAGGAAGCAAAGAAAUGUGUAGAAGAAUUAGCAUUGUAUCUGAAACCACUCAGCAGUGCUAGAGGAGUAGGUCUGAACAGCACCACUCAGAGUGUUCUGAGUCGCCCAAUGCAGAGGAAAUUGGUGACAUUAGUCCACUGCCAGUUAGUGGAAGAAGAAGGUCGGAUUCGUGCCAUGAGGGCAGCUCGAUCUUUAGGUGAAAGGACUGUCACAGAACUAAUCCUCCAGCACCAGAAUCCUCAACAGCUUUCCUCAAAUCUUUGGGCAGCAGUCAGGGCCAGGGGCUGCCAGUUCCUUGGACCAGCAAUGCAGGAGGAAGCUCUAAAGCUGGUCUUACUGGCCUUAGAAGAUGGAUCUGCUUUGUCUCGGAAAGUCUUGGUUCUAUUUGUGGUGCAAAGAUUGGAGCCACGAUUUCCUCAGGCCUCAAAAACCAGCAUUGGACAUGUUGUUCAGCUACUGUACAGAGCCUCCUGUUUCAAGGUGACAAAACGUGAUGAGGAUUCCUCCUUAAUGCAAUUGAAGGAGGAAUUUAGGACAUAUGAAGCUCUUCGUCGGGAACAUGACUCUCAGAUCGUGCAGAUUGCCAUGGAGGCAGGCUUGCGCAUUGCCCCAGACCAAUGGUCUUCCCUUCUUUAUGGAGACCAGUCACAUAAAUCUCAUAUGCAGUCCAUUAUUGACAAGUUGCAGACCCCAGCCUCAUUUGCACAGAGCGUUCAGGAACUAACAAUUGCUCUUCAGAGGACUGGUGACCCUGCAAACCUGAACCGCCUGCGACCUCAUCUGGAGCUGUUAGCAAAUAUUGACCCUAGUCCAGAUGCCCCUCCCCCAACCUGGGAACAGCUAGAAAAUGGGUUGGUUGCUGUGCGCACAGUGGUGCAUGGACUGGUUGAUUAUAUUCAGAAUCACAGCAAGAAAGGAACAGAUCAGCAGCAGCCUCCUCAGCACAGCAAGUAUAAAACUUACAUGUGCCGAGACAUGAAACAGAGAGGAGGGUGCCCCCGGGGGGCCAGCUGCACAUUUGCACACUCACAGGAUGAAUUGGAAAAAUUUCGUAAAAUGAACAAACGUCUGGUUCCCAGAAGACCCCUGAGUGCCUCCUUAGGCCAGCUCAAUGAGGUGGGCCUACCUUCAGCAGCUAUCCUUUCAGAAGAAGGGGCAGUGGACCUGCCCAGCAGAAAGCCUACUGCCCUGCCGAAUGGGAUUGUGUCAGCAGGGAACACAGUGACACAGCUGAUCCCCCGAGGGACGGACUCCAGCUACGACUCUGGUCUGAAGCCAGGGAAGAUUGAUCACCUGAGCAGCAGUGCUCCUGGAUCCCCUCCUGACCUGCUGGAACCUGGACCCAAGAACAUUUCUGCCUUACCUGUGACUCCUCAUCCUGUACCCCCCAGGGGACCGACAGACCUGCCUUCCAUGCCUGUUACCAAACCUCUUCCUAUGGUACCACGAGGCUCCCAGCUAUACUCAGCACAACAAGCAGAUGUGUUUUAUCAGGAUCCUCGAGGGGCUGCUCCACCUUUUGAGCCAGCACCUUAUCCACCAGGGAUGUACUAUACUCCAACCCCACAAUGUGUCUCCCGCUUUGUCCGACCUCCACCAUCUGCUCCUGAACCUGGUCCUCCAUACUUGGAUCAUUAUCCACCCUACCUCCAGGAUCGUGUAGUAAAUUCCCAGUAUGGGACUCAGCCACAACAGUAUCCAGCCAUAUAUCCACCACAUUAUGAUGGCCGUCGUGUCUAUCCUACACAGUCUUAUCCUCGAGAAGAGAUUUUCCAGGAAAGCCCAGUACCCAUUGAGAUUCCACCUGCAGCUGUUUCACCUUAUGUACCAGAGUCCAGAGAGAGAUACCAGCAAAUAGAGGGUUACUAUCCAGUGGGUCCACAUCCAAGUCAGAUAAGACCAUCAUAUAUCAGAGAGCCUUACAGCAGACUACCACCUCCCCCUCAGGCCCACCCUAGUCUAGAUGAGCUGCAUCGACGGCGAAAAGAGAUCAUGGCCCAGUUAGAAGAGAGAAAAGUCAUCUCCCCACCUCCUUUUGCACCUUCACCAACUUUGCCCCAUUCAUUCCAUCCAGAGGAAUAUUUGGAUGAUGACUUGAAAGUUGCUGGGAAAUACAAAGGGAAUGAUUACAGCCAGUAUUCACCUUGGUCAUGUGACACCAUUGGCUCCUACAUUGGGACCAAAGAUGUAAAACCCAAAGAUGCUGUGGCUGCAGGCAGUGUGGAGAUGACGAAUGUGGACAGUAAAAGUGUGAGGGACCAGCGGCUAGAGCUUCAACGAAGGGCAGCAGAAACCAGUGAUGAUGACCUCAUCCCAUUUGGUGACCGCCCCACAGUUUCCCGGUUUGGUGCCAUAUCUCGAACUUCCAAGACUAUGUAUCAGGGUUCUGGCCCAAUGCAGGCUCUGGCAGCUCAGGGAGCUUCCACCAAAUCAAUAAGCAUUUCUGAUUACAGUCCAUAUGGAGCUCAUGGUGGCUGGGGUGGUUCUCCAUAUUCCCCUCAUCAGACUAUGCCUUCUCAGGGACACUUCACUGAAAGGGAGAGAUUGUCCAUGUCAGAAGUGGCCAGUCAUGGGAAACCCUUACCCUCUGCUGAGAGAGAACAACUGAGACUAGAGCUGCAGCAGUUAAACCACCAGAUUAACCAGCACACCCAGCUUCGAGGACUUGAGGCUGUUAGUAACAGGCUGCUGUUGCAGAGGGAGACGAACACUCUGGCAGGCCAGCCCCCUCCUCAGCCCCCACCACCACCCCCCAAGUGGCCUGGAAUGGUUUCAAGUGAGCAGUUGAGCUUGGAACUACACCAGGUGGAGCGAGAAAUUGGGAAGAGAACUCGGGAACUGAGCAUGGAGAACCAGUCUUCUCUGGACAUGAAAAACAAAUUGGGUCCCAGUAAGCAAGCAGAAAAUGGACAACCAGAACCACAAAACAAGGUUCCAGCUGAGGACCUUGCAUUGACAUUCAGCAGUGAAGUGCCGAAUGGAUCGACCUUAUCACAAGAGAACAUCAGCCUCCUGUCAAACAAGACCUCCUCUUUGACCCUGGCUGAGGAUCCUGAAGGAGGAGGAGAUAACAAUGACUCUCAGAGGACAGGAGUCACGCCCAGCUCUGCUCCCUAACUUGAGAGGGGAGCUGCUUUCUUCUUCCCUCGUUUGGUUUGUGGGGUAGAAGGGCGCAAGAGUGGUGUUCAUAACCUCCAGACCUUCUGCUCUGAGGGUGGCCAGAGAAACCCAGGCAUAGCGGCAGGUUCGGAGACAGUGUGCACAAACACCACUACUGAGAACAAACCCUGCACAUAGUUCACAUUAAUGCGUUUUUUAAUUAAAAAAAAUGAAAAUUAGCAGUAUCUGCAAGCAAUUCAGAUUAAAUUUGUUUUUGUUCUGUGAAUGAACUUUAUUUUAAUAACUUUGGACGCCUUGGAUCCAGGGCUUUAAAAAAAAAAGAAGAAGAAGAUAUUAUAUAUAUACUCUGUUUGAUUAAUUGUAUGAUCUUAAUGAAGUAGGUUUUUCUUUUAUUUUGGUAUUAUUACAUACCCAGUGUAUACUUCUUACCCACAUCCUUCUCUAACUUGCCUCUGUCUUCCCUCUCCCCCUCACUUUCCCCCAAACAAAAACCCAGACCAAAAAGCACCUGGACUUCUUGUGUGAAUUUUAAGGUGCUUG